AUGUCGGAAUAUAAUGAUAUUGCUGGAAGCGAAGAUAUUAUUUCACUUAAUUUUGAAACUCAAGAUACAUUCAAUGAACAUUCAUAUCGAAAUAAACAAUCAGCAAAUCGAAUUGAUAAAAAUAUACCUAUAAAAGAUCAAGCAAAAGAAAAUCAAAAGCCAAUUGAUCAGACAAAUGAUGAAGAAGUUGAUACUAUGCAAGCAGAUACACAGAAUUAUUCACAAUCCGCAAUAAACAAUGAAAUAACAACUGAACAACCGCCGCCUUCAGUUGAUACUCAAAAUACGUUAUCAUCAACUAAUCCAUUUGUAAUUCCACUACCAGUCGCUCAACCAACGUUAAUUGAUGAAAAUAUUAUAUCAGUUGAAAAAGAUUCAAUGCCGGUACAAUCACUAACUCAUGAAGAAGAAAAUAAUGUAACUGAAUCGACAUCAAAAUCAACAACGGUUUACAAUCAUAUAAAUCGAACUUUCGAAUUAUUUUUGCUUUUUCUUUUAAUUAAGGAUAUGAAUACAUCUGGACUUGAUAUAUCAACAACGAAUAAUAAUUUACGACUUUAUAUUUCACCAUCAACAAGUCUUCUUGACACAACAAAUGCGGAUGAUACACAUCAUAGAUCAAAUCCUACAACUGCAGUAACAACAGAAAAUAAUGAUAAUGAUCAUCAAGAAGAAGAAUUAAAAGAAGAACCAAUGGAUACAAACGAUGCACAAGUUUCUUUAGGUAGUGAUGGUGUUGUUGAAUCACAUCCUAUUUCUACGCGUACUAUUGAAUCUACUUCAGUUAUAGAAAAAUCUUCCAAAGUUCAAAUACCUAUUCAAAGUACAAUCUCUACAUCACCUAAUUCAAAAGCUGUAUAUUCAUUAAGUCAACCAACAGCUGAUAAAUUUGAAGCACUUCUUGCUAAAUUAAACCCCACAACAGUUGAAAAUGAUGCUGAAUCUAAUAUAACAAUUCGAGAAGAAGAAGAAGUAUAUAUUAAAGAAUCAAUAUCAAAAACAUUACGUCGUUACGCAGUAAAAGUUGAUCAAAAAGGACGAACUGUUUCACGUGAAUUAAUUCUUGAACGUAUCGUUGAAGAAAACACAACAACUCGUAUAGAAUCAUGGCCGCCAUCAGAGAAAAAAACUGUUCGUACAACUGCUAAAACCACGCGACCUACUGAAACUACUCGAAAAAAACCAGCCAAAAUAGUUACACCAAAACGAAAGACAAAAAGUUUAAAACCAACUUCAACUAUUGUUCGUCAGAAAAAGUUGCAAAUUACACAAAGUGAUGAUGAUGAAGUGAUGAAACCAAAUAAAAAUGAUGAUACUAGCGAUGAUGAUGAGGUUGUGAGAAAACCAAAUAAAAAUGAUGAUAGUAGUGAUGAUGAUGAUGAUGAUGAUGAAAAUACAGAAGAUGAUGAACCAACAGAUGAUAUUACUGGUGAGGAAUUUAUUCCAACAAAUUCGUCUGGAAAAUUAUUAACAAAAGGUUUACGAGUUUUUGCUAAAUGGACUGAUGGUCAUUUUUAUUCUGGUAGUAUUGCAAGUAUUAACGGUGAAAGAUAUAUGAUUAAAUUUGAUGAUGGCGCUUCACGUUAUCUUAAAGCACAAGAUAUUAUAUCUCAAAGUUAUUUAGAUAUAAAUCAAAAUAUUAUGGCACAAACUCAAGAUGGCUAUUUUGAACGUGGAAUUAUAAAACGUUUAAUUAAAAAGAAAAAAACAGGAAAAUUAGGUUAUAUUAUUGAAAAAGAUGGAAAAGAAAAAUGGUAUCCAUUACGUUUUAUUUCAUUAUCUACGGAACAAGCUGAACAAUUCAUAACUACAAAUAAUACUACAGAAGAAUCGACUAAUAUUGUUCAAGGAAAACGUAAACGAGCAUCAAAUGUACCACAAACACCAAAUAAAAAAACGAAAAGUUCCAUUUUUCCAUCACCAAGUAAAAAGCAACGAACGACUUUUACACCUACACGUCAAACAAAAUUAUUUAAUUCGAUGUAUUUUCUUCUUACGGGUUUUAAUGAUUUAAUGGAAAUUCGACAUGGUAUUGAAGAUUCAAUUGAAAGUCAUGGUGGAAAAGUCAUUGAAAAAAUGCCAAAUGCUAAUCGACGUGAAAAUGUUUAUUUAAUAUCAGAUAAAGCACGUAAAACAGCGAAAUUUUUGGAUGCAAAAAAGAAUAAUAUUCCUUGUGUCGAUUAUAAAUGGAUUAAUGAAUCUAUUGAAAAAAGUGAAAUUCAAGAUUCGGAUGCAUAUAAAUUAGUUUUCAUAGAAAAAGAAGUUACAAUCAAUGAAGAUUAA